UAAGUAUGGAGGAAUCGACCCAUUCAACACGAAAUUUAGCUGGAGUCGAUAGAAGAAUUAGUAACUGUUACUUAUCUUUCCGAGAAAAAUUUAAGCAAAAGUGCAAAAAAAGAGUGAGAGAGCGAAAAGAAAGAGAAUGGUUUAAAAGACGUUUUCCAAAGGAGCAAAUGCAACUUAUUGAAGAGGUAGUGCUAGAGGAAAAAGUUAAUUUGGAAAUUAGAAGGGGAGAGGGGUUGACUACGUUAAGAAAUGAUAACAUAUAUCAUAAAGUUAAGUUUGCAGACACUGAAGAUUUGGAUUAUUACUUAAUUAUGGAAGAAAUUGAUCGUGAGUUUGAAGAGGAAGAGCUAUCUCUGAUAGCCCAAAAUCACUUGGAUUUUGAUGAAAGGUGGAUUGAGUCGCUGCUCGAAAAUAACUCUGCUGAUGAUUUUUGA